GCCUCACUCCUGAAUUUUGGACUUUCAGCGCCAGUCAGGUUGUUUGAACUGCUCAGGCCAGCCCAGUCACAGAUUUAACACUGCCUGCAAAAAAAGACCCCCGUCAGUUUGCAAAAAUGAGCCACGAACCUCUUGUGAAUGUGGGGAGCUGGAUUGCAGCGAACGAGAAUGCUUUCCUGCCACCAGUGUGCAACAAGCUCAUGCACUUUUCCCAGUUGAUCAUCAUGUUUGUCGGAGGUCCCAACACCAGGAAGGAUUACCAUUUAGAGGAAGGGGAGGAGCUGUUCUACCAGGUGAAGGGUGACAUGUGUCUGAAGGUGAUAGAAAAUGGGAAGCACAAGGAUGUGCACAUUAAGGAGGGACAGAUGUUCCUGCUGCCGGCCCGGAUCCCCCACUCCCCCCAGAGGCAGGCCAACACGGUGGGACUGGUGGUGGAGAGGAGACGGCUGCGGGCCGAGACCGACUGCCUGAGGUACUAUGUGGGCAACACCACCGACACCCUGUACGAGAAGUGGUUUUACUGUGAGAAUCUGGGAACCCAGCUGGUGCCGUUAAUCAAAGAGUUCAUGGCAUCAGAGCAGGCUAAAACCGGAAAGCCCGAUCCAAGGGAAAUCUUCAGAGAACCGCCGUUCCAGCUGAACACCAUGAACACGAUGACCCCGUUCUCCUUCAAAGACUGGCUGGACAAGCGCAGGCCGUCGCUGUCCUCCGGCGGGCCCAUCGACAUGUUCGGAGCUCAGUUUGAGACAGAGGUGAUGGUUUUUGGACCCGGGGUGACGGAGACGUCAGUGCGGCAAAGCGACGUGUGGAUCUGGCAAAUGGAGGGAUCCUCGACCUUUACUAUGAACCAGCAGGAGUUCCCUCUUUCUGCAGGAGACAGUUUACUUGUUCCUGAACAGAGCCAGUACCAGUGGCAGAGAGAUGAGGGGACUGUUGCCCUGUUUGUGGUUCAAAACCCUGAGCGGAAGAGACCCUGAACAUCACAAGCCAAAUCAGGCAUGAUUGAAAUAGUACUGUGUGCGAGCAUGGACGAGUAUUGAGAUGCACAUACUAAACUGAUUAAAAAAUUGAAAGAACGAA